AACGAUGCGAUAGAGUGAACAAUGGCAAGUUAUAAAGUAUGCCAAUCGUACAGCUUUUUCGGACAUACAUAUAACGUACCUUCGAGGCUUCUAGUUCAAACCUUUAGGUCCCAAACUAUAAACCGUGGUCGCCAUGCUGAGUUAUUCGGAUCGCAGUUAAUAAUUAGGUUUAAAAACAAUCACCUUGGUCUCUGUUUCAAAUCGUUCUUUGCCCUCGAUUCCAACUGUUUAGCUUCCCCCUAUCCACAAUUCACAAUGCAGCUCACUCUUCUCGCAUCCCUUGCUGUCCUUUGUACCUCUGCUUUCGCUGCCCCUGUUGAGAGUCGCGAUAGUUCAGAGGUUGAGGUCCUCGCCUAUGUGGAGAACGUUUUGAACGAUGCAGAUAUCACCGUUGCCAAGUGUGAGGGCUUGGUUGACGUCAUCGUUGGUUUUCCAGACGUCGAGGAUGAUUUGAAUGACCUUGAUGUGAACGUUCUUACCAAGCGGCAGAUUUUGUCCAAUGUCAUUGCUGACGUCGAGGAUGAAUUGGAGACUAUUGAGGUGAAGUUUCUUGGCGACUGA